UCAAGUGUCACCUUCAUUUCCAAAGGCGUUUUUCAAUAAAGAUAAAGAAUCAAAUGUGAUCCUAAGACAUUAAUCCAGUGAUAAUCAAUCGAGUUGUUUCACUAAUCGUGACAAUGUCUAAACCUUCAUAUCAUAUUCUGAUUACUUCUAUUGAAGCUUAUGGUCACAUUAAUGCGAUUUGUGGCUUUGGUGAGUUGUUGGCUCGACAUGGACAUAAAGUGACCUUUGCUCAACGAUUGAAGUACAAAAAGCUCGCAGAUCAACAUGGAUUCAAUUUCAUUCCUUUUGACGAGACAAUUAUUGGUACUGCUUGUGAGGACGUUUUUCUUAAAUGGAUCGACGCGAACGCGGACAAGUUUCGACAAGAACCGAUAGAGAGAUUUAAGAAUUACACUGAAGAGGAAAAGGAAGCAGCGUCUUUUGGAGUUGAGCUUUACAGGAAAUUGAAUCGAACUUUGAUUCCGAUUUUGGGUGCAAAUUCAUUCGAUGCAAUUGUUCAUGAUGGAUUAGAAAUAAUCGAUUGUAUCUACAGGCAGACAAUACCGGUCAUUUCCUCGUUUUCGGCUGUACCAUUGAUCUUAUACGAAAAAGGUCCACCAGGUCUAUCAGGAUUUUCUUUGGAUAGUGACCCUAAACUAUGGGAAGAGUAUGAGAAAUGUUGCAAUGAAGCAUAUUCAAAGAUGAACGAGAGCUUCAAUGCUCUUUUACGAGAAUCCGGUAGAUCUGAAGUAUUCACUUUUCUACAGUGGGUUUUGCCUUUGAAAUCAAUCGGUUUUUAUCAUUAUCCUGCUGAUCUCGAUUACACUGAGUUAGAGCCGAUCAAGUCAGGUUGGCAUCGAAUUGAUUGUUAUGUUCGAUCUCCUGAUGAAGGUUCGACUUUCGAGUUACCAGAUAAACUCAAAGAUAAACCUGGAAAGUUGAUUUACUUUUCCCUUGGAUCAACUGCUUCUAAUGAUUUAAAGAUGAUGGACAAAUGUCUUUCUGCUCUCGCUCGUUGUGGUCAUCGUGUUAUCGUCUCAAUGGGUCGAAGAGGUGAUAAACUAAAUCUUUCCGAUAAUAUGUGGGGACAAGAAUAUGUCAAUCAGGUCGCAGUUAUUGAAAAGGUUGAUUUGGUUAUAACUCACGGAGGGAACAACACAUUCAUGGAGACUCUUUACCAUGGAAAACCAAUGAUUGUGAUUCCUUGGCUGGGGGAUCAACUGGACAAUGCCCAGAGAGUCGUUGAUAAAGAGAUUGGAUAUCGAGUUAAUCCUUGGGAGUUUGAUGAAGAUUAUUUUCUUAAUUGUAUCGAGAAAGUUUUAAAUGAUCAACAAUUACAAGAAAGAGUCAGAAAAAUAUCAGAAAAUAUGAGAAACUCAAAUUCUGGUACACAAGCAGUAAAAAUGAUUGAAGAUUUGAUUUCCAAUCACAAGAAAUGUUAAUCUUUCUUUCAAGCUAAAUAUUCAUUGUUGAUUUGAUCAAUAAAUAAAAGUCUAAUUUGAUUUCA